AUUCGGUUUCGGUCCGUUAGGGUUUUCUCUGGCAACCGAGCACUAUAAAUUCCAGAGGUUGCUGCCGCCUCUGAGCGUUCAAUUGCCGCAAAGCUCCCGCCGCCUCUCUCCCAGCUGAGACAUGCCUUCUCUCCUCUCCGACCCUCUUUCCUCCGAGGGGCUCAAGAAAUCGAAGCAUAAGAAGGCGAAGGAGCAAAGCUCCCCCUUAGAGCAGGAGGACAGAGGUAAAAUGAAGAGCAAGAAGAGCAAGAAGAGGAAAGCCGACGAGGAGGAUAAGAGCGACAUCGUGUCUGAUUCCUCGCCGGAGGUUCCUGAGAAGAAGAAGAAAAAGCCGGAAGCUAAUGAUCUGGCAGUCAAAAAGCUAAAGGGCGAGGAGACGGAUGAGCCUGAGAGCGGUAGCGAUGUGGACGACCCGAAUGCCUUGUCCAAUUUUAGGAUCUCGAAGACCUUGGUGGAGACCUUAAAUUCGAGGGGCAUAAAGGCCCUGUUUCCCAUCCAGGCCAUGACUUUCGAUCUAAUACUCGAUGGGUUUGAUUUAGUAGGUCGUGCGCGGACUGGUCAGGGAAAAACGUUGGCUUUUGUUUUGCCUAUGUUGGAGUCAUUGAUAAAUGGAAGGAUCAAGGCUUCAAGGAAGACUGGCUACGGAAGACCUCCAAGUGUUUUGGUACUACUUCCAACUCGAGAGCUUGCAGUUCAGGUACACUCAGACUUUGAAGUCUAUGGUGGCGCAGUAGGGUUAUCUUCAUGUUGUGUGUAUGGUGGAGCUCCUUUCCGUGCUCAAGAAUUGUCCAUAAAGAGAGGGGUUGAUAUUGUAGUUGGAACUCCAGGACGUGUGAAAGAUCAUCUAGAGAGAGGAACUCUUGACUUGAGAGCUUUAAGCUUCCGUGUCCUUGAUGAAGCAGAUGAAAUGUUGAGAAUGGGUUUUGUGGAGGAUGUUGAACUAAUUCUCGGUAAAGUUGAGGAUGCUAGCAAAGUUCAAACACUUCUCUUCAGUGCUACCUUGCCUGAUUGGGUGAAAGAGAUUUCAGCAAGAUUUCUAAAGGCAGAUAAGAAAACAGCUGAUCUUGUUGGCAAUGAGAAACUGAAGGCUAGUGCCAGUGUUCGACAUCUUGCUCUUCCUUGUUUAAAAUCAACAAGACAACAAAUUCUUCCUGAUAUUAUCCGUUGCUAUAGCAGUGGUGGGCGAACCAUUAUUUUCACUGAGACAAAAGAAUCUGCAUCUGAGCUUGCUGGAUUAUUACCUGGGUCAAGAGCAUUGCAUGGAGAUGUAAUGCAACAGCAGCGAGAAGUCAUUCUAACAGGAUUUAGGUCAGGCAAGUUUUUGGUUUUGGUUGCAACAAAUGUUGCAGCACGUGGGCUUGACAUCAACGACGUGCAAUUGAUUAUACAGUGCGAGCCCCCACGUGAUGUUGAAGCUUACAUUCAUCGGUCUGGGCGAACUGGAAGGGCUGGCAAUACUGGUGUUGCAAUUCUGCUUUAUGAACCGAAAUAUAAGUUUAGUGUUUCCAGAAUUGAAAGAGAGUCAGGUGUAAAGUUUGAGCACAUAUCUGCCCCUCAGCCUGCCGAUAUUGCUGAAUCAGUUGGAUCUGAAGCAGCCAAUGCCAUUUCAAGUGUCUCCGACAGUGUUAUUCCAGUUUUUCGUUCACAAGCAGAGGAACUCUUGAACUCUUCAGGAUUACCGGCUGUAGAUUUGCUAGCAAAAGCACUUGCUAAGGCUGCUGGGUUCUUGGAUAUAAAAAAGAGGUCACUGCUUUCAUCUUUGGAGAACUACGUGACUUUGCAUCUUCAGACAGGAAACACUAUCUAUUCACCAUCAUUUGUUUUCAGCGUCUUAGGAAGAUAUUUGCCCCAAGAGAAGGUCCAAAAUCUCGAAAGCGUCUCGAUCACUGCCGAUAGUUACGGCGUAGUGUUUGAUGUGCCUGCUGAUGAUGUCAAUGAAUUUCUCGAAGUUCAAGACAAGGCUGGCACUUUCACUGUCGAGGUCCUGGAAACAUUGCCUCCACUGCAAGAUAGGUAUCACAAAGGCCCCAACUCAGGGCGAGGAAGGUUCGGUCGUGGAGGUGGUGGUUUCCAUGGUGGACAACGUGGUGGUGGAUUCUCCAGUGGUAGAGGUGGCAGCAAUCGUGGCGGAAGAGGUCGUGGAGGUGGAGGCAGGAAUAACUUCUUCCAGAGGAAUUGAAAGAUACAGUUGUUUCAAUCCCAAUUUUGUAGCUGGGAAUAGUCUUUAGUUUUUCACAGGAAUUGAAAGAUGCAUAGUUGUUUCAACCCCAAUUCUGUGGCUGGGACUGCUAAUGGCUUUCAUAUUGUAUUUGGAUACUCCAAACAUGUUGUUUCGUCUUCUAAUUAAUAUUCAUUUAUAGUUCUAAUUCUGUUAUAACUUCGCUUUAUAUUUGGAAUUUUGCAUGUUUACUUGAAUCGUAUUCUUAACCAUUCUUAAAACCUAUAGCAUCACUCUGCUCUCGCUUCCUUUUUGUGCUUUUCUACUAUUCCGGUCAUCAAUCUCCACAUCUUCCUCUUCCUUCAUUGGGGAAGGGCGGCGAAUGAAGCGGAGAUGCGGCGAAGGCAGAAGAGAACAUGGCGGCGAAGUUGGCGUCCAUCGACCCUGGAGAUCCAACCUUUCUAUCUGCCGCCACGUGGUGUUCGUGUGAUGAUGAAGGCCGUCGGCAUUUGCGGCAGUGAUGUUCACUGUCUCCAGGUUAGGUUUCCUCGUAGGGUUCUUAAUCUCGUCUAGUUCAUCCAUGGAUGUAUGAUUCAAGUUUUGCCCUUUUCUCUUACUCUUCCGAUAUAAAGAUACUACUUACAGUAUGCAUCGCGUUCCCCAGAAGUGGGAAAAUUGACGUCAAGCAUUCUAAGUCAGUGCUCGCGGUGAUGUUCAACCUCUAGAUGUUGAGAGAUUGUUCAAUUUUAGUGGCAUUUUGUAUUGUUGAUCUGACAAGAAUUCUUCUGAGAUGUUGCAUCAAAUAUGGUUUGAGCGAUCUGACAACUUAUGAGUCGGAUUCAAAGUUGGAACCUUCACUUGAAACUUUGACUUCGUUUCAAUUCAAAGAUCUUACUAAUUAAAAAAAAAUUGUUGAAAUAUUUUCGGGUCUAAUUUGAUUGGGUUGCGGGUUUCUAAAGAGUUAGUGAUUUGUGUGUGCCGCGUCCCUGCACGAAUCGCGUUGUUUAUCGUGUCCCAAUACUCUGCUAAAGACCAGGAGGGGAAAAACCUUUUUCGCCGCCAAAGCUCCAUGGGAGGAAAUGGAACCAUCGUCGCUUCUUCUGGUCCCCAAGAACAAGAAGCUAAGCUCAGCUACUUCCUCCAAUGGCUACAGGCCAACGGAGGAGAGCUGCGAGGCUGUAGUAUCCGUUACUGCGGACCCGAGAAGGGCUUCGGUAUAUACUCCACCUCUGGCAAUAAUGGUGAUGGUAUCGUCAUGGUUGUUCCGCUUGAUUUGGCCAUCACGCCCAUGAGAGUGCUCCAGGACCAAUUCGUGGGUCCUCGAUGUAGGGCCUUGUUCAAGGAAGGCGACGUCGAUGACCGUUUUCUGAUGAUGGUGUUUUUGGUGGUGGAGCGAUUGCGUCCGAACUCAGUUUGGAAGCCGUUUUUUGACUUGCUUCCUAGCACCUUUGGGAGUACUCUAUGGUUCUCAGAAGAUGAGCUUGCUGAAUUGGGAGGGACAGCCUUGCACCGAGCCACAUUGGUCCAGAGGAAACAAUUGCUAGCAUUAUUUAAUGACAAGGUCCGAAGCCUAGUUGAAGAGCUUUUGCAUUGUGACGAAGGUUUUGAUAGAGCUACCGAAGUGCGAUUUGAAGAUUUCCUUUGUACAGGGCAAAUUCCAUAUUCUGGACUAGGGCUCUGAACAUUCCAUUUCCUCAUUCUUAUGUAUUUCCUGAGCCAGUCAAGGUGCUAGGCAAUAAUUCUUCACUUAAUAGCAGUGAAGUGGGUACUAAUCCAUCUGAAAUUCCUGGUAAAACAUCUGUCCAUGAGCAGAAUGGGAAAACUGAGGUGUUAGUUGCUUCUAAUCCAUUUUAUGCUCUAGGAAAAGAAUGUGCAGUUAUUAUGUACUUUUUUUUUUUGUAUUUCACUACAGGGGGUGCUUAUGUUAGAUGGUGUUAAGGAUCACGACAAGGCUGAUGAAACUUCAAAAAAUAAAGGUUCAGAGACUGUCUGGGUAGAGGGGCUUAUUCCUGGAAUUGAUUUUUGCAACCAUGGUUUGAAGGCAGAUGCAACAUGGGAGGUUGAUUCCACUGGAGAUGUGACUGGAAUUCCUGCCUCAAUGUAUCUCACACUUGGUAAAGUGCCAUUUAUAUGCUAAUAUAGCUAUUAAAGCUCCGUUAAAUUUUUGUCUUAGUAAUUUUGUAAUAUUUAAAGUUAAUUUGCUCUCUUUCUCCUUGCUUACUAACUGAGAUUUGUUUUUUUUUCGCAAUCUGGGUGUGCAAACCAUAAUGCAUUAGAAAAUUUUAUAUUUCUUUCACAAGUUGGUAAUAACUAAUAUCCAGCCCAGCAUUUGUCUAUUUGACAUGCACAUUGACAUCUGAUCAUUAUUUAAUUUUCUCGGUCUUUGCCAAAGCUGAUCAGCAGAACUUUGAAGAUGGGAAAGAGAUAUGCAUCAGCUAUGGUAACAAAGGCAAUGAGGAACUGUUGUAUCUUUAUGGAUUUGUUCUUGACAACAACCCAGAUGACUUUCUCAUGGUCCAUUAUCCCAUGGAAGCAUUACAUAAUGUUCCAUUAUCAAGUAUCAAAGCAGGGCUUAUAGAAGCUCAGAAAGUUGAACUUAGAUGUCUCCUACCGAAAAGUUUACUUGAUCAUGGUUUCUUCAGUGAAAAAUGUCAAGACAGUUCAAAAAGUCUGGCUGGCCAGACCUAUAACUAUAGUUGGAGCGGAGAGCGUAAAGUUCCUUCAUAUUUGAGCAAAUUAGUUUUUCCUCAAGAGUUUCUUGUGGCUUUACGGACGAUUGCAAUGCAAGAGCAUGAGCUUAGGCAAGUUACUUCGUUACUAGAAGAGCUUGGCACGGCUGGAGAGGAGAGACAACCAUCUGAUAAAGAUGUUGAAGCAGCUGUAUGGGAAGUAUGUGGGGAUUAUGGAGCGUUGGAGCUGCUUGUUGAACUUCUCCGCAUGAAGUUGACAGAACUUGAGGAGGGAUCCGGAACAGAAGACUGUGAUGAUGAAAUCCUCGCAAACUCAGUCACAGAGCUUCAAGAUUUUGAGAGAACCAAGACGAGCACGACACAGGAGAAGUCGAUGACAACGAUGAGCAGAACACGGCGGUCUUGCGUGGUGUAUAGAAAAGGGCAGAAGCAUCUCACACGCCUCUUUCUGAGAGAAGCCGAACAAGCUCUGGAGUUGUGUGCAGCUGAACAUUCAUAACUCCCAAUCCCUGCCCAAGUGGCAGAGAUGCUGCAAGUGCAAUCCAAUGAGCUACUGCUUCACAUAAAGAUUAAACUCUUCUUUUUCCCCUUCUUUCUAGAUAUGCGAACGUCAAAAUAUAGCUGUGAUGAUCUCCAUUGUUGAUCGACUAGUGAUCUGUAUACUUAAUUGAAUUAUGAGUCGUUUAAAUUAAAUUCAACUAA